GCCAAGUUUUGCGUCUUGUGUCCUCCCUUACGUCCGCAGAGGAUACAUAAAUCCUGGCGGUUGCUUCACGGUCAGGAUAUUCAUAACUAACAUACAAGCGACUUAGCAUCAACAUGAGUGGACGCGGCAAAGGAGGAAAGGGACUCGGAAAAGGAGGCGCCAAGCGUCACCGUAAAGUUCUCCGUGAUAACAUCCAGGGAAUCACCAAGCCCGCCAUCCGCCGUCUGGCUCGCCGUGGCGGAGUCAAGCGUAUCUCCGGUCUCAUCUACGAGGAGACCCGCGGUGUGCUCAAGGUCUUCCUGGAGAACGUCAUCCGUGACGCCGUCACCUACACCGAGCACGCCAAGAGGAAGACGGUGACCGCCAUGGAUGUGGUCUAUGCCCUGAAGAGGCAGGGCCGCACCCUAACACGUUCUUUCACUGCUCAGACAGAGAAACACUGACGAACCAAAAUGGCCAGAACCAAGCAGACCGCCCGUAAGUCCACCGGAGGAAAGGCUCCCAGGAAGCAGCUGGCGACCAAAGCCGCCCGUAAGAGCGCCCCGGCCACCGGCGGAGUGAAGAAGCCUCACCGCUACAGGCCCGGUACCGUGGCUCUGAGAGAGAUCCGCCGGUACCAGAAGUCCACCGAGCUGCUGAUCCGCAAGCUGCCCUUCCAGCGCCUGGUCAGGGAGAUCGCUCAGGACUUCAAGACCGACCUGCGCUUCCAGAGCUCCGCCGUCAUGGCUCUGCAGGAGGCCAGCGAGGCUUACCUGGUCGGCCUGUUCGAGGACACCAACCUGUGCGCCAUCCACAAAAUGAGUGGACGCGGCAAAGGAGGAAAGGGACUCGGAAAAGGAGGCGCCAAGCGUCACCGUAAAGUUCUCCGUGAUAACAUCCAGGGAAUCACCAAGCCCGCUAUCCGCCGUCUGGCUCGCCGUGGCGGAGUCAAGCGUAUCUCCGGUCUCAUCUACGAGGAGACCCGCGGUGUGCUCAAGGUCUUCCUGGAGAACGUCAUCCGUGACGCCGUCACCUACACCGAGCACGCCAAGAGGAAGACGGUGACCGCCAUGGAUGUGGUCUAUGCCCUGAAGAGGCAGGGCCGCACCCUGUACGGCUUCGGCGGUUAAACUCACCCUGACCCGCUCAUACCGACACUCAAAGGCUCUUUUAAGAGCCACCCACUAAAUCUCAAGAGAUGCUUUAUUCCUGCUUUAUCUAAUCAAAGAAAUGCUUAAACCUGCUAACAGUACAUCAACACUAUUACAUAUCAACACAGUAAAAAGCUUGAUACUGCUGAUUUCAUAUGGUCACUGAUCUAACUCCAGUUGUGUAACUAUGUAACUUUCCUAUUUGCAAAGUACUCAAUUAUUGUGUAUCAAAACAUGCUUCUUAUUACUGUGUUAACAGAAGGCUACAUACAGACAAGAUGCUGUCAGCUGAUGGCGGAUUGCAGCAGCUUUUUAGCCCCUU